GCUUGUGUUUGACAAUUAAUUUUAAAAAUGGCGACGAAUGUAAAUACAAAAGCAAAACAUUAACCUGCCUAAAUUUUUCUAUUGUAACAGUAUUUCAAAUUUUUCUUGUUUUUUAUACUCAUUUAUUUAUCAUUUUAUUUAGAAGAAUGGGAGAAAGCGGUGAAAAUGGUUGGCUAUCAUCCUGGAUAAGUGCUGCGAAAAAUAAGAGUACUGAGGUGUUCGAAUUCGUUAAGAAGGAUCUGGAGGAGUUUGGAAGUGCAGUAAAAAAUGAAGCGAGUAGUGUUGUGUCUUCUACUGGCACAGCUAUCGAAAAAACUUUAAAGUUGAAUGAACCAGAAUCGACUGUGGGAUCUAUGAAGAGAAGUUUUAGUUCUUUUUUGGGCCAAAUGAACACGGUCUUCAAUCCUAGUCCCGAUGAUUCUGAUACUGAAGCCAUUUUAAUUACUGAAGGUUCAGAAGCCGUCACUCUGACCAAGUUACAACAAAUCAUUUACGAAUUGCAAAAAAAUGACAAAACAUUUCUGGAAGAGCCCGAUCCAUCGCUCGAUAAACAGUAUCAAUGCUGGUUAGAAAUUAUAGAUAACCAACUAGAUGAUGAUCGUCUAGAUAAACAUCUCGUUAACUCGACCGUUCUUAAUAGUCAGUACCAAAAGCUUGUGCCCGAUCACGUUUCACAUCAGCAGUUUUGGAAAAGAUACUUGUUCAGAAAAGCUCUUCUUGAAGAUGAACUGGCAAGGCAGGAAGCUCACGAGAAAAGAGAGCAAAAGCAAGAGCUGCACGAAUUAUCCCAACAGGAUUUACACUGGGAUACAGAAGAUUUUGCAACUGAUAUAGUAUUGACCGAAGAACAGCAGACUCGUCUUUUGCAAGAGUACGAGAAUGAAAAAAAGCAGAAAAGAAACUCAAAGAUAAUCGAGGAUGAGGAAGUAAUAUUUAAAAAAGAUACGAAUAACAAAUCCUCAAAGAAAAAAUCAUCCAAGAAUAAAAAGUCAGAAACAAAAAUAUCGCAAGAAUUAGAUUCUAAUUCGGAUAAGAGAAAUGAAAAUACGCUAAAUGAGGAGUUGUCUAGAAAUGCAGUUAAUGACCAAAUAUCUUCCGAUAGAAAAGAUGACCACUUUAAUGAGCCUAGUGUUCUUAAACAAGUAUCGCAAUUAAAAGUCAAUAAAACUGAAUCUUCAAACAGUAUAGACUUGGAAACGAAAAGCAGUAAUAGCAGUUCUGACGGAGAUUGGGAAAAAAUAAGUGAUGUUGAUAAAUGAAUGAUGUAGAAACACCUUGUUACUAGAUGAAAAUAGAAAAACAAUUCUGCUUUUGA